AUGGCAAAAAGACAUAAGCAUUAUGGUGGUACGAAGAAGAAACCAUCUCCAAGUGGUAGCAAGAAAAAUAACCAAGUUAAAAGCAAGCAUAAGAAGAUUAAACAUCGUCGUCCUCAAUCAAACACCGAAGGAGGAGUUUCUAGCUGGUAUAAUUCAUCCAAUCCAUUAGGUGCUGGUGAUUUAGAGGACAUUUCUAUUGAUUAUUAUAAUCCAGGAAGGGCUGUGAUAUCAGCAAAGACCGUUGAAGAUUAUUAUUUUGGACGUGGAAAUGGAAAAAAACAAUCAAUGAGAUCCGGUGGGUUAAGGCCUGGGAAUCGACAUGAGUCUAGUUCAAGUGUUAAUAGUCUCAGUAACUUGGGAUUCAGAAAGAGACCUAUGAUGUUUGUUAAAUCGACAGAAGUUUAUGAUCCAUCCCAUGAUAUGAUAUUGAGGCUGAGAGAGAAGAAUUCCAUUACAAACAGAACCAAAGUAAAUGUAAUACUAUCCUCCGAUUCUGAUGUAGAUGUUGAAUCUACGGUUGGAAUAGAAAGUGCAACUACUGAACAAGUCUCUGAUGGUAGUUCCGAAGAAGAAGAAGAAGAUGAUGAUGAUGAUGAUGAUCGCUUUUCGGAUAUAAGUGAUAGUGGAUUGUUCUUUGUAGACGAACAAGGUACAGAAGAAACUAACACUGAAUCCAUUCGUACUGUACAUGUUGAAGAAAUCAAACAGAUAUCUAAGACGAGUAUAUCUAGACCUAAUAUAGAAUGGAACCCAUCGCUUCUUAUCGGAAAGACAGAAUUGAAUUUAGACCAAGAUGAAACCUCUGGAUCCGUUUUGGUGAAUAAAACAGAAAAUAAAUAUCAUCCCUUCCAUUCUUAUGUACAGAACAUUUUGCAAAAUGUAGAGGCUUCUGAUGAGGGCGAUGAUGAGUUUGAAGACGAUGAACCGUCUUCUUCUGAAGAAGAAGUCGAUUACAACGACGACUAUGACGUGGGUUAUGAAGAAAAUGACCAUAUAGAAAUACUGAAACGUGAACGAAACAGAAUCACUAGUCCUCAAAUCAUACAGAAAAUAGAAAAAUUGUCUUUGCAAGAAGAUAAAUUACAAGAAAAUUUGGAUGAAUAUAAAAGUAUCUUAGAAAACGAUGAAAUUGUAAGCGAGGAAGAUUCAGAACCUGAGUUUGGCUAUGUCGAUGAAGAUUAUGUUAUAAAUACCUCUGAAGUUGUCGUUAGUAAUAUCAGACUUGGAUAUUCUGAAAAUUCAUACUUUCUCCAGUGCCAUAGGCUAUUUGGAGAUUAUAGUUCAAGAUGGCUGGAAGAAGAAGCUUUUAGGGAUUUUCUCGUUGGAGAUCUAGGGUUACCAGAAAAUCGGUCACGCUCAUAUUUCAAAUUCGUCAAGAAUUCUCUAAUACCGAAAGAGGAGACACCAGAACCGACGUAUUCUGAUAUUCCAAUUUCUGAUAGUAGUGUGGAAGAAGAAAAUGAUGAUCAUGAUGACUUUAAUAUAAGGAAUGAAAGUGCUAAUUAUCGAAUUUCCGAAAUGAACAAUGAAAAUGAAAUACAUAUGACGUCUGAUAUGGAUGAAGGAUUGGAUGACUUGGUUUCAUAUUCUAUGAAAUACAUGGAUGAACGUAGUCAGCAAUACGAGACAAGAUCUAUCGAAACAAAAGGUAAAGGGAAGAAGAAGCAACUCCUUAUCGAGGAAGCACUUGGGCUGGAUCAAGAGACAAUAGAAACUUUACAACAAAAAUUACAUAAAAGGAUGGAUGACAAGGCAAAGAAACGUAGAAGAAAAGAAGAUUUUAUUGACGAAGAAAAUAUGAAUUCCGAAGACCUUUUCAAGAAAUACCCCUACGGUCUUCAUGUUCGAAAUAUAACUGAUGAACUAGAAUUGUUCUUGAAGCGUGGCAAAACUACUACCACAUUUCCACCAUUAGAUCCACAUGGUAAUAAGACAGUAAUGAAAUUCGCGGAACAUUACGGAACAAAGGCAUCAAAAGUGGGCAAAGCAAAUCACACGCAUGUGUUAGUCUCAAAGACGAAAAGAACCAGAUAUACCAAGCCAAAUUAUAACCUAAUUGGUCAACUUUUAAAACAACGUCCUGUCUUCAUGAGGAUAGAUGUAAAACGGCCAAAAGAAGAACAUGUUCGUGUGGAGAAAAUACGUGUAAAGAGCGGAAAAUAUCAAGUUAAAGAAGGUGAAACCGUUGGUAAAGAUGCUCCAGAGAUUGGCCAAGAAAACAUUGGUAGAAGAAUAUUGGAGAAAUUAGGCUGGACGAGUGGUGAAGGGUUAGGACCUCAUGGCAAUAAAGGUAUUAGUGAACCGUUAAUGGCACGAAUGAAAAAGAGCAAACAUGGGGUGGGCCAGCUACAACAUAUCAACGGCUGA